GUGUGUAAACACGGAAGUCGUUGUACCGGAAUCGCGUUGGCUUCACUGUCAGCGUCGGCGCUUUGUCAAACUCGUGCCGCUGUGUCACUGUAUCACUGUCUGAAGCCAUGAUGCGCUUAACAACGCUGUUUAUCGUUGUCCUCUGCUUCUAUCAAGUUUGCUCCAAAGCACUGCCACGUAGCGCUCCAGGAGAAACUCCCACAGAUGAGGUUACACAGGGCAAAAUAGAUGAACCAAAAGGUAAUGACGUGAAAACAUCAGAGGAUAAGGAUCCAGCAAAAACCCCAAAGGAAGAACAGAAUAACACACCUGAAGAUGAGAAAGUGGAUAUUAAGGAAAACGAACCUGAAAAUCCUGAAGAUGACAAAAAAGAUGGAAACAAUCAAACCCCUCCUGAUCCUAAUGAAGCAGAAAAUAUAAUCACUGAGGGAAGUGAAAGAAAAGGUGAAGACAAGCCACCUACACCUGCCCCAAAUAAAAUAGACGAUCACCAAAGCCACAAUGAAGCUGGUGAAGGUAAUGAAGAAGCACCAAAAGAAGAUGGUGAUGCUAAAGAGAAGGCGACCACAGCUGGACAAAAUAAAGAUGAUGAACCAAAAGACUCUAAACCUGUUGAAGAUGGUGGAGAAAAACCAAAAGAGGAUGGAACAGGUCAAGAGGAGCAUAAAGACGUUGGAGGUGAACUGAGUGGUGAAAAAGGUGACAAGAAGCCGACCAUAGCUGACCAAAAUGAAGAGGCUGAAGAAAAUAACAACCCUGAACCUGAAGAUGGUGGAGAUGAAACCGAUGGCAAGAAUGAAGAGAAGACACCUGGACCUGAGAUCCCUACAGACGAAGAUCAACAAAAUGGUGAUUCGGCAAAUGACCUGGAAGAAGGUGAAGGUACUUUUGAUGAACCUUCAAAUGAACAGGGUACAUUUAACAGCAAAACAGAAAAGAAGGACGGUAACAUGAAAAGUUUUCAACCAGAGGAGAAUGCAGAAAACAGCCACUUCUUUGCCUAUCUGGUCUGUGCUGUUAUACUGGUGGCUGUGCUGUAUGUCGCCAGCCACAACAAGCGCAAGAUCAUUGCCUUCGUUGUUGAGGGCCGAAGAUCAAGAGGCUCACGGAGACCCAAGACAUCAGAUUACCACAAACUCGACCAAAAUUGAGAAGACCCAGUCAGAUGAGUCAGCGGUGGAUGAAUCGAAAUAUUUGAACUGUGAUUUUGAAACUUGAAUUAUCCAUAAUGAGGCAUAUAUCACCACUCAUAAACAUUGCACAGCAACUGUCACUAACUCAUCCAAAAUCUUAUUAAUUCUCAUCCAUCCAUAGCAUGUCAGGUAUGUUGAAAACAAUGUCUCUUGUAGUUCCAAAACUUGUGGGAUGAACUUCAGUCAGGUUUAGAGUGUUACGAACACACCGGUACAUAUUGUAGAUGUUGGUUCUAUUUAAUUUCCGAGCCGUUUUUGGUAGAGUUACGUACGUGGUUGUCUUUGUUUUUCUUUUUCUCAAUUUAUUGCUGGGCGAAAUGUGUAAUACAGAAGGAACCGAUAUGUAUAUUUUUGAAAGUAUAUGUUGGCUGCUUUUUCAUGAAGAUGAAUGAUGUUUUAUGGGAGAUUGGGAAUGAUUGAGUUUUGAAAUGUUCUGAGGGCUGCUGUAUCACUUGUUGAAGCUGAUUGCACACAUUUAUGGGACAGGUGAAUUCUUUCUACAGGUGUGGAUUAGAAAAGGAGUGGCGAGCUUUUGUAAUUAUGUGAAAGAUAUUCAGAACACCAUGAAAGCAUCUUAACUGCUCGGUGAAUGCUAAAUUAGCUUUGAAGGGCUCAACAAAAAGGAUUUGAUUUGCUGGCCCAGUCAGACCUGUAGUUCAGAUUCAUACUUGCCCUUUUCACCGGCCCAACAAAAAAAAUAAUUUAGUGCGUCAGAAAGAAAUGUUUUUAUGUUUUUUUUAAAUUUUAUUAAAUGUAAUUUUUCUUUAACAAAAAAAUAUUAUAAUUUAUUAGGGUUUAAAAUUGGAAAUUAAUUGCAAAUUUAAUUGCACACAGUGUGCACGCUAUCUAUGCUGCGAGGUGUUUGAGUCUGUUUGUAUUGUAUUUGAAUUUAUCAGUCAGUGGUUCGGUUGUGGUUUUCUAAAUGGACUGCGUUUGGACACUUUGAGGAAAAAAAAACACUUCAGCCCUGUUUCUGACAAGUUGCACUUUUCAUUCUUCUUAAAUCUUUGACUCAAGUGACUUUAAUGUUGAAAGAAGCCAUCCAGUUCUGCAGGCAGUCCACUGUUUAGUUGAUGAAGAAACCACCGUUGUUGUUUGCAGCAGUCAAUGGUGCAUUUGAAAGAAGAUUGUUUUUGGUGUACAGUAGGAUUAUAAUUACCCACGCUGGAUUUAUGAAGCAAGAUUUCUGUGCCAAAUCUAGAUAAUUCCCAGGAGUGAGAAACAAACGGAUAUAUAUUCAUACUCCCCUUGAUCCUAAAAGUGGGAAAUAUUGUGGAUGUUUUAUUUGGUGCGAUUUAAAACAUUAUCACACUCCUGGUGUGCCUACUGUGAUUCCCGCUCUAUUCUCUGUUAAGCCUGUGAUUGAUGAUUUGACAUUUAAUCAGUGGCUUUGCACAUCCAUUUUCUUGAAAUUCUGGACCUAUUUUGAAUUAUUACGUGGGUAAAAAUAUAUGAAUGGGAUUUAAUUUGCCUAUUUACUGUGGUCAAUCUUUUAUCACUAUUGAAACUUUUUCACAAGUGAUAUUCUUUCUACGCUGAAAAGAAAUGGAAUAAAGGUUUGAUUUUUCCUCUGA